CCUUCCCACGAAGUGGCUUCCUGGUGCGCUUGUGACGUUGGCUGUAGAGCCGGAUCGCGUAGCAGCUGCGCUGUCGUGGCUCCCGGAAGUGGGGGGCGGGUUGGCGCGGGGUCGUCAUGUUGUCGCAGGACAGUAAUGAUGACACUGAAGACGUCUCACUGUUUGAUGCAGAAGAAGAGACAACCAAUAGACCAAGAAAAUCCAAAAUCAGGCACCCCGUGGCAUCCUUCUUCCAUCUGUUCUUCCGGGUCAGUGCGGUUGUGGUCUAUCUCCUCUGCGAGCUGCUCAGCAGCAGCUUUAUCGCCUGCAUGGUGACAAUUAUCUUGCUGCUGUCAUGCGACUUUUGGGCAGUGAAGAAUGUCACAGGUAGACUAAUGGUUGGCCUACGUUGGUGGAAUCAUAUUGAUGAGGAUGGGAAGAGCCACUGGGUGUUUGAGUCCAGAAAGUCAACGCCUCAAGACAACAAAACAAUCUCUGAGGCCGAGUCGAGAAUCUUUUGGCUAGGACUCAUCGCCUGUCCGGUCCUGUGGGUGAUCUUCGCCUUUAGUGCCCUCUUUUCCUUCAGAGUGAAGUGGCUUGCUGUGGUGAUCAUGGGUGUGGUGCUGCAAGGUGCCAAUCUAUAUGGUUAUAUCCGGUGUAAAGUGGGCAGCAAGAAGAACUUAACCAGCAUGGCUACGUCAUAUCUUGGAAAGCAGUUUCUAAGACAAAACACUGGAGAUGGUCAGACUUCAUGAGUAAAGAUGAAGACUGUGUCAUAAAGAUGAAGACUGUCAUGGACUCUGGGAGCAAUGGACAAGAUGCUUGGUGUUUAGAGCGCAGUCUGUUGCAGAGUGGAGUGUUGUGUUUGUUACUUAGAAGCGUAUUUAAAAGAAGGAAACCACAUGGGGCUAGAAAGUCUGUGUUGUCUGGAAACAGUGUCAGAGUGUGCCUUGGGUAUAUGUCUGUAAGACAGUCCUGUAGCAGCAACAAGUCCCAAAUCCAUGUGUCCUUUGCACAUGUGAGUGGACCUUCGCAUCUUGAUCCAUAGACUGUAGGAAGGGGUGUUCAGUCUGUCUCGAGUUCUGUGUUUGCAUAGCAUUCCUGUAUAUGUUUUUUGGGGGUACGUUUGAUUCAGUGGUAAGGGUGAACAUGUUGGUUUAUGUAUGAGUUAGAAACAGUUAUUAAUUUUAAUGUGUUCUUUAUGGUAAGGUUCCUUAUCUUAGACUUGUAUAAGCAAGUAAAAGCUAAAUUUGGGCACUAANGCUAACUGAUUUCUNAAAUGUUGGUUUUAGUUGGUAAUAAGUCAUUUACUCAAGGUCUAUUUGACAUAAGUGGACCUUUGUAGCUGUGGUGGAUAUACAGGGGCUGCUGUUGCUGUGUUUCUUUGUGACCAUAGAUCUCUCUGGAACUGUCUGAAAUCUCUUAGUGGUCUUUUCAUUAAGUUAAUAAAAUACUACCUUUUAAUAAGAAUAUUAUUCUUAUUAAUAAUAAUUAUUAUUAAUAAUGAGAAUACUUGCUUAAGUACUUGGCAUAAUAAAUGCCUAUAAAACAUUGUAUGAAUUUAUUUUUUCUUUUAUAAUGGGGAUAUUGUAAAUCACAUAUUUGUAUUAAGGUUAUUUCCUAAGACAAAGCAAUAUACUAUAGACUAAACCAAAUGUAAACUAUUGUAGGCAGCUGGAUUCUUUUGUAGCUACUGUAAAUUUUGUUGGAAUCUUUAUAUUAUGUCAUGAAUACACUUGUCCAUUGUUGGCACAUUUUAAAUGUCUUAUUUAUUAAGUGUCUUUAUUAAAGAGUGUAGCUUGGCAGGUGUAUAGCUUUAUAUUUAUAUAAAACUGCGGUUUACAAAGCAUUA